AUGGACGUGGAUAUGCGACUCCGCAAGGCAUUCCGCUAUCCCGAUGAAUCAGAGGAUGAACGGGAAGAGCUUGACGAAGAACAACAGGAGCGAGUGAUCCAGCAGUUGCAAUGCCAAAAUGAGGCACGCAACGCCCAAUACAAUGAUCUUUACUGGAAUUCCAUUGGUAUCAACCACCAUCUUUAUACCCUCGAUCCUAUCUGCCUCGACUUUCGGCGAGGCUUUUCUGUCUCUCUUGGGCAUCCUCUCGCUGGUGGGCUCGGCCUACACUAUGAGGCACGCCCCCUCUAUCCUGACCGCAAGGGCAAGAAGCCUCUGUUGGCUGAUGAUGAGCGCUUGACCUGGCUCCUCUCUGCUUUGGUGCCCGUAAAUGGCGCGGUGUGCUUGGUGCUAAUGGCUUAUUUCUUCAUUGAGGCGGGUUCAUCUUAUACGAUCCGCCCCGUUCUCUACUUGAUUCCUAGCGCCAUACUAGCAGUCAUCUUGCUCGCACGAGAAAUGAUGCUAUCGGUCGAUCUCUCAACUCUGAAAGCUCUCCAGUACGAGUACAAAGGCGCCUAA